UUACUAUUAUGACAUAAUCAAUGAACUUGGUACAGUCACGUGCGAUGCAAACCGUGUUCUUGGACAAACCAUUUCGAGACCGCGCCGAAUGUGAAACUUACUAUUAGACGGAUGCUGAAGAGUCCGAGAAAGAAGUGUGUGACACCAUCACGUCCGCCGCGGAGGAAUGGAUCGAGGCAAACCAGUGUAAAGAGGGAGCCACCGGAGAUCAACUUGAGUGCAAUGAGACCCCCCAGCCCAACAGAAGACCCGCUUCUGUUGAGUGCAAAACAUUUGGGGUCAACAACCAGUUCUAGAUCGACCCCUGUUUUCUUAAGCUCGUCACCGCAUAGACAUGCCGACGUUCGGGACACCCCAUCACCCGAGUGGACGGACACCGAAUCAGAAGGCGAGGGAGAGUACACAGGGCGUUUCAAGAUGUUUCAAGUACCUACGAAGGCGGACCCACCUACGAGUGGGACAAAGGCACGCAUGAAGGAGUGGGGUCGACCAGUCAGCCCAUUUCCGUACGAGGCACGACUAGACAGGAGCUUGCCUGAUCCAGAGGAUAUGGAAAUUGCAGAUAAUGAGGAUGAAGGCAUGGAAGGAAAUAUCUUGGAUGCAUUGGAUAUUGAGAGUGUGUUCGAGGAUAUCGUGGAGGUGCCACCUGGUUCCGACGAUCUAUCCAGCGAUUUGUCAACCAGUGAUCUUCAUAUCAGGGCAGAAGAGAGUGAAGAUUCAGAUGUGGACGUCGAAAGCGAUGUAGUACGCAUUACAGGGAGCGAUCCAAUGGCUGCAGCGAGAGCCGCUGCGAUUUUGAAAUUACAUGACUACGACUGCGUAUUGGCGUCUUCCAAGCGCGCUGCUGCACGCAAGUCGCGCACAACGUUCCCUAGCGCAGGCGUCGGGAAACGCCGCAGCUCGAUACAGAGCCGGCGUGCGGUCCACAAUGGAGAUCCGACGCCGUGGUGCGUCCAACCUCGGUAUGAGCCUAAGGCGGGCGAGUGGAGGCGUGAAGACUGGAAAAUUUUGGAUAAAUGUUUUUUUGAGGAGUGCCAUGUCAACGGAGUUAUCACCUCGCCAAAGGAUGUGAACAGAGAGGCGGUGGUGAUGCGAUUUCAAUGUCUUGCUGGAGGUCACGAUGUUGUGACGGGGCUGGGUCCCCCCUGGAGUUGGGAGAACUUACUAGCAAGAGUAGAUGUGCUCAUAAAAAAGCGGGCUGCGCGAGCCGAUCUCUCAACAUUAUCUUUUGCCAGUUUCAUGUCCCCGGAUGUGUCCAGGCUGGCGAAUUUCACAUCUACGCCGGUCUCGCACAUACCACGGUACCGUGACCUCUUCGACAAAGCCAGUGCUAUUGACCCGACGAAUAUUCCCAUAUCUACAUCAUCUUACUCAGUUAGGCCUCAACCGACUAUUGUACCACCAAAUCACCUAGCAGAAAAGACGGGAUUCUUUUCCAGGCUUCCGACAUGGGCAUCAUUUCUUCCUCGCCAUCUCAUAGACCGUCGCAAGCCCAUUACGACACCAGCGCGGAAACUUUCGGAGCGGCAGAAACCGCACAAGGAUUUUGUAGAUCUUCACCAUACCACACCUCCACAGAAGCAUGUACAGCUGCGCAGGAACAAGCCAAAACGCCUCGUGGAGCUCCGUCACAUAUCGCCAGAGCCUGUCCAACGCGUCUUCACAAGUGAUUACCGGGAAAGACGGAGUAGCGGUGGUAGCGUCAAGGAUUUGAUCCAAUGUUUUGAAGGGACGAGUGAUCUUAUUGGUUCUAUACAGAUUUCUGCAAGUGCCGUGCAAACUAGGCUUCCUUGGCAAUCAUAAUUAUGUAUCCAGAGUUAUCUAUGUCAUUGUAUUCUCAAUCAUUAUUCUAGCAACGCGUACAUCCAUCAAUAAGACUUGGUCUCAGGUUUCUGGAAUCGGGUUGGUUGAAAUCAACCAAAUGGAAAAGGCGUUGCAUGGACUUCAACCUUUACAUUUCGAGGAAAAUGUACGAUUCAUGGACAUCUAUCAAGGGGGUUCGCCCACGCCAAC